GUGUCUGUUAGCGAUGCGUACCCAACAGAGUUGCUAACGAUACUAUCGAAAAGAGACAAACGCGACGACAUCAAACAACUUUAGAGAGCAUAAAAACAUUUGUGGAAAAUUUCCCAUGCUGUCGAGAGUUUUCCUCCAAAGUGUGUAGAGAACCGGGAACGUGUGAACAACAUAACGGCAGCCAACGCGCGCGUGUAAAACAACACACACACAUACAUAUACAGCAAGUAACCAAACACAUGGGAACCUUAUCAAUUGGCAGUGAAAUGAGGAAAACGUUUGGAAAUUAUGUGAACAGGUGCAGCGCACGCGCCCUGAGGAGUUAAGCAAGUGCUAUGCUGUUUUCGUCUCAAAUGAGGGCAGAACUGUACCGCUAUGGCGACAAAAAGCUGGACGUGGUGAUGAUCAAGUUGUGAUAUGGGACUAUCAUGUAUUCUUUAUGCAUAAUCCCUUGCCAAACCGCUGUUUGGUAUAUGACUUGGAUACUACACUCCCGUUUCCAACAUAUUUUCAUAAGUACGUUACUGAAACUUUUCGGUCAGAUCUCGCACUACGACCUGAGCAUCACAGAUUUUUCAGAGUCAUACCUGCUGAUACAUAUCUAAUUGAAUUCUCAUCGGAUCGUCGGCACAUGCGCCGACCAGAUGGUAGCUGGAUUAAGCCGCCGCCAUCAUAUCCACCCAUCCUAUCGAAUACUAACAUGCAUUGUUUGGGCGACUUUAUUUGCAUGAGCGCUGGCAAAGGACCCGGCGCCGUCUACAGCCUCUCCGAGUUUGUGCAAUACUUUUAUAAGUCACCGCACGUUGUGGCACAACACAACAAAUAAAUUAUCAAUUAUCAC